AUGGUAGCACAAACCAACCUUAACAUCACCACAGACCGGUCUGUUCUUCUUGCUCUCAAAGCCCAUAUCACCAAUGACCCUCGAAACAUAGUCUUCACCAACUGGUUAACCACAACCCCUGUUUGUAACUGGGUUGGAGUCACUUGUGGUGCACGCCAUCAUCGAAUCGCAAAGUUGAACGUAUCUCACUUUGGUCUCACAGGCACCAUUCCUCCGGAGCUAGGCAACUUAUCUUUUCUUGUUGUUCUGGACUUCAAAAAUAAUAGUUUUCACGGUAUCUUGCCUCAAGAAUUGGCUUGCCUACGUCGGUUGAAGUUUAUAAGAUUGGGAAACAACAAGUUCAUGGGAGACAUUCCAUCAUGGUUUGGCUCCUUAUUCAAACUUCAAGCAUUCGGUCCUAUACCAUAUGAGAUUGGUUAUCUUCCAAAUUUAGAGAAAUUGUCGCUCGCUCAAAAUAAUCUAAAUGGCCAUAUCCCAUCCUCAAUCUUCAAUAUGUCCACAAUAACAGGAUUAGAUCUCAACCUCAAUCAGCUUUCAGGUAGCCUCCCAACAGAUAUAGGCCUUGCGCUUCCAAAACUAGAAGAGUUUUAUGCAGGAGGGAAUCACCUCAGUGGAGUAAUCCCCAAAUCCAUCUCCAAUGCUUCUGAGCUUCGGAGAAUAGAACUGGGACUUAACUCUUUUUCUGGAUUUAUUCCAACCACCCUGUGCCUCUUGACAAACCUUGAACGGCUCUCAUUGUUUAGCAAUAAUUUGACCAUUGAUACCUCUACUCCAGAAGUUAAUAUUUUUUCUUGUCUGCCAAAUCUUAGAAAUUUGAGUGUUUUAUCCGUCGGAAGCAAUCCAUUAAAUGCCAAGCUUUCGAUGUCCUUCAGUAAUUUCUCUGCAUCACUUCAAAAUCUUUUUUUAGAAAAUUGCAGCUUGAGAGGUAACAUCCCUAGUGAUAUUGGGAAUUUAAGUAGCUUGACAGUUUUAAACCUGGGAGGCAAUCAAUUGAGCGGGCCAAUUCCAAGCUCAAUGGGAAGACUACAUAAUCUUCAAGGUUUGGGUAUGUAUGAUAACACAUUGCAAGGAUACAUUCCAGAUGAGCUUUGUCAACUAGAAAACUUAUUUGGUUUGUACUUGGGUGGGAAUCAACUCUCUGGUUCUGUACCUUCCUGCUUGGGUAAUCUAACAGCAUCUCUAAGACUUCUAUACUUGGAGUCCAAUUUGUUGAAUUCCACAAUACCAUCAACCUUGUGGGGACUUACAGAUAUCUUGCAACUAGACUUGUCAUCCAAUUCUCUAAUUGGACCUCUAUCAGGUGGUGUUGGUAAUUUGAAAGUUGCGAUAUACAUAAAUGUAUCAUACAACCAAUUAUCUGGGAGUAUACCAAGUAGCAUUGAGAGUUUAGUGAGUUUGGUCAAUCUCUCCUUAGCACAUAACAAUCUAGAAGGCCCUAUUCCUAGUUCCUUUGCUACCUGCUUAAGCUUAGAACUGUUGGAUUUAUCUCGAAAUAGUUUCACUGGAGUGAUUCCAAAGUCUCUAGAAGCACUCUCACAUCUCAAGCAUCUGAAUUUGUCUUUCAACAGACUCCAAGGAGAAAUUCCAAGCGGCGGUCCUUUCAAAAACUUCUCUACUGAAUCAUUUGUUUCAAACCAUGGACUCUGUGGUGCAUCCCAAUUUGAAGUUCUACCAUGCAAAAGAAAAGCUAGUAUGUCUAUCUUGAAAUCUAUUAUUCCGGGGAUCUUGUCAGCAAUGCUUCUUGCGACCUCCAUAAUUUGGAUGUUGAUGUUACACAGAAAAAAGAAUGCAACAGCUGCAGCACAUAUUAUCUUGAUGCCUCAAGUUUUAUGCAGAAGGGUUUCAUACCAAGAGCUCCUGUGUGCGACAGAUGGAUUCAAUGAAAGCAACUUACUUGGUAUUGGGGGUUUUGGCUCAGUAUAUAAAGGAACAUUUCCAGAUGAGGCAGAUGUUGCAAUAAAGGUUUUCAAUUUGGAUUUAGAAGGGGCAUUUGCAAGUUUUGAGGUUGAAUGUGAAAUGCUAAGUAAUGUUCGUCACAGAAAUCUUGUCAAAGUCAUCAGUUGUUGUAGUCAAAUUGAUUUCAAAGGUCUUGUAUUGAAUUACAUGCCUAAUGGGAGCCUUGAGAAGUGGUUGUAUUCUCAGAAUUCUUCUUUGGACUUAGUGCAGAGGUUGGAUAUAAUGAUAGAUGUUGCAUCGGCAUUGGAGUACCUUCACCAUGAUUAUGAAGUACCUAUUGUCCAUUGCGAUUUGAAGCCGAGCAACAUCUUACUAGAUGAUGAUAUGGUUGCACAUGUUGCUGAUUUUGGUAUUGCAAAACUCUCGGGUGGAGGAGAUUCUAUGACUCAAACCAUGACCCUGGCCACAAUUGGGUAUAUUGCACCAGAGUAUGGAACGGAAGGAAUAGUGACCAGAAGAGGGGAUGUGUAUAGCUUCGGUAUUGUAGUGAUGGAAACAUUUACAAGAAGGAAACCAACUGAUGAGAUCUUCAUUGGGGAAAUGAGAUUAAGUCAAUGGGUUGCAAAUCACCUAGUUGCAAAUGCGAUAGUUGAUGUUGUGGAUGCUACUUUACUUGGAACCGAGGAGGAUCAUGAGUUCCUGAGCAAGAGGGAGUGCUUAUCAUCUAUUAUGAGAUUAGCUGUUGCUUGUUCAGCAGAAUCACCGGAAGAGAGGAUAAACAUGCAAGAGGCUGUAGCCAUGCUUAAAAUAAUCAAGAUCAAGUUUUCAAAGCAAACUGCAGCAGGAGGUGUGGUGUUGAACUGUCGUCCUGUUUGGUAACCCUUUAAUGUGUCUAUAUAUCUUGGCUUGCCAUUUGAUUUUGUACCUAAUUAUGUAAUUGUAUGAUAGUAUGGUUCUGACUCGUGUUUGGUUGGUAAGUUACUCCUCUGCAUUCAAAAAUAACUUCCGUCUAGCUCCUUACAGUUUUGUAGUUUCUGUGUUUUUCUGCUUUGAGGCUAGCUGCUUAAAUAAACUAAUGCACCACUAUUUUCUCAAUUUUUUCUAUCUUUAAGUUCUCAGAGUACUCAUCAUGGAACAGUAUAAAACUAUCUUGAAUCCUUUGAAGUUACAGAAGAUUUUGGAUGCACUAAUUUUGAUUAUUUUUUUUCCUGGUGGAGGACUGCAUGCACUUAAGUUGAAUGAGAUGAAAACGUAUAUAUGUACGAAAUUGAGUUCAAUUCAAGGGCCGAUGCACAUCCUUCUCUCAUCUGUUCAAAUCAUGUCUAUAUGAAAUUGUUCUGAAUUGGAGUCAUUUCUGCAAGCGGGAUUGCCUUUAAUUUAAAAUUUCUUAGUAUUCUAUAUUGCAGAAGACUGAUUACAAAUCGAAUGAAGUGUGUUCUAGAAAGCCUCACAUCUCAGAGAUGCUUGAUAAUCGGCUUAAGUGUGUGAAGAAGUAGUCUCAUUUAGUUGUCUGACACCUGUUGUCUCUUAAAAACCUGACACUGAUUCGUUGCUCUAAGCUCUAGUACUUGCCAGUUGCAAAACUUGUGAAUGUCCUUUGCUAGACCAAUGCCGGUGAAACCUUCAUAUUGCAAAUGUCUCUGAACAGCAGGCAUCAUCAACCUCAAUAUGCUACUCUAGUAUUAUCUCUGGUUUUCCAUUUCAUCCAACCCUAUUAUGUAAUCCAUUUCUGAAAUUGAUGUUUCAGUUCUGGCAUGUUCAUCUGGCUUUUUUCGUCUUCUUUGCAAAACUGGUUUAUCUUUUGUCUAUUAUUGCUUCCUGAUACCCUACAUGUAAGACUUGACCAAUAUCCUCUUUCCUGUGUCUUUUGACUCUUUGCUGUGUCUUUGCUGAUUGAGAUUGAGAUGGAUGGGUAAUUAAUGAGUUUCAGGAGGCCAAAGAAGGCUAAAGCUGGAGAGGAGAAAUAAUACAUUGAUAUGGGAAAGCUUCUGAAAAUGAAGAUUGAAGAGGUUUCAGCUAGGACCAUGGAGGUAUUGGUGGAUGCGGUUCCUAGGUCCGCAUGGCUGUCCACCUUCUCCUGUACUGAGUUGGACGAUUAAGGGGGUGAACAGAAUAGCAAGGAGAUUGCCAGUGAGAUGGAAGCAACUGCUGCUGCCUACCACAUUUCCUUAAUGUUUCUCUGCUUGGUUCCAAGUCCAUUGAGGAGGAGGACCUCAUGAGGUUCAUGAGUGAGGAAGAGGUGCUGAAGAGCUCUAACAGAUUAGCUGGUGAAGGUCUACAACACUCGCAAAGGAUUAAUUUAUAGUUUAACCGACACCGAAAAAGGUGUAAAGCAAUUGGAUAAAUUGUGAUUAGCAUACUGAUUGUUGUUAGCAUUGUAAUGUGGCUUG